ACUCGUCGAUGUUGCAACAGCAGGCGCGUCGCCCACUGUCGCCGCAGCCAACGUGAUUCCCGGAAAAUAUCAUGCCUACACACAGCAUGCGCAGCAGCCGAAGAAGCUGCAUGUGUCGGCCAAAGCAGCGCACCAAACGCCGAAACAACAGCAGCAACACUAUCAGCAGCAGCAGCAGCGACAGCAACGUCAGCAAGCUGAAUCCCAUCAGAAAUUGGUUUGGCAUAUUUAAUCGGAACAACGCACAGGCGACAACGGCCGCCGCGACGGCGCAUGACACGGCGACAACAACAUGCAAUUGCAGAUGUGGCGAGCGCAAUGACGAAUCCCGCAUAGUUGGCGGACAAACGGCCGGCGUUAGCGAAUACCCAUGGAUGGCGCGUCUCAGCUACUUCAAUCGUUUCUACUGCGGCGGCACACUUAUCAACGACCGCUAUGUACUCACCGCAGCGCAUUGUGUCAAAGGUUUCAUGUGGUUCAUGAUCAAAGUGACAUUUGGCGAACACGAUCGUUGCAAUGACAAAGAGCGACCCGAAACACGCUUCGUGCUGCGCGCCUUCAGCCAGAAAUUCAGCUUCUCCAAUUUCGAUAAUGACAUCGCUUUGCUGCGUCUCAACGAUCGUGUGCCGAUUACGAGCUUCAUACGACCGAUCUGUUUGCCACGCGCCUUCGAACGCAAUGAUCUCUUCAUUGGCACCAAAGGCAUAGCGACCGGUUGGGGCACAUUGAAGGAGGAUGGUAAACCAUCUUGUCUGCUGCAAGAGGUGGAGGUGCCCGUGUUGGAUAAUGAACAUUGUGUUGCACAAACGAAUUACACACAAAAGAUGAUCACGAAGAAUAUGAUGUGUGCCGGUUAUCCGGGUGUGGGAGAGCGUGACUCUUGUCAGGGUGACUCGGGUGGGCCGCUAGUGCGUAUGCGUCCCGAUGAUAAACGCUUCGAGCAGAUCGGUAUUGUGUCGUGGGGUAAUGGUUGUGCACGACCCAACUAUCCGGGCGUGUAUACACGUGUCACCAAAUAUUUGGACUGGAUAAUGGAAAAUUCUAGAGAUGGCUGCUUUUGCGAUGAGGACGAUUGAGGCGUUGGUUGUGGUGGUUUAUGUGGGCAUGGUCGGGUUCGAACUGAGUGCAGUGAAAAGAAUCUUUAUAUUUAACAGAUUUAUAUUUUGAUAAUAUUUUAGGGGGGCUCUCGAAGUAUGGAAAUGAGAUUUCUUAGGGUUGGUUUUGAUUUUGCCAAAAUCAAAUGAGUGUUGGCUUAUAAAGUAG